GGGGCCCAAGCUUUUAAUAUACUCCACCUCAUGUCUUUGGUACUAAUUGCACGCUAAUCAUCAUCUCUACCACGUUAUCCACCAUAUUUUCCCUCUAAAUUACCUCUCUGCCGGCCCACACCUAACCGACGUCUCCGCCACUGUAUCUCUCCGGUUCCCUUCGUCAGUUGACCACAUAUCUAUCCUCAACACCUGCCGACUACCCUCGUUGUAUAUCCCGGCUUUCCAAGAUGGUGUUUUGCACGUACUGUGGACAGUCGUUCACCAGGGACGAACAUCUGGAACGACACAUUCUCACCCACACGAAUGUGAAGCCAUUUAAGUGCUUUACCUGCCAUAUGAGUUUUGCGAGACGUGACCUUCUCCAAAGACAUUACACCGUACACGGACGAGACCAGAAUAAUCAGGAGGGCUUACCCGUUACCGGCAUAAUACCAAAGUCAGCUGGUAGAACGCCCAUAGCCUGCAGCAACUGUGCCAAGACCAAGACAAAAUGCGACAAAAAGUUCCCCUGCAGUCGCUGCGCAGGCCGAAACCUCCGAUGCACGUUACGACCUACUCGCCGAGCGUCGAAAAAUGUAAACAGGAUUGUGAAUGGGGAAGGAGCUGGAAGCGGUAACUCGAGCGAGAACGGUAAUGGCGGCGAAUCCCAGAACGCUUCGAGCGGCAACUCUCCAGCAAGAGAUACCCAAAGUCAAGCCCCAAACCCGCAGGCCUCUCCAGGCCAACCCCAGCAACCCCAGCAACUUCCAAAUGGGCAACCUCAACCUCAACCUCAAUCUCAAAAUCAAACUCAAACUCAAACCCAAGCUCAAGUGCGACCACCGUCUGCUCCGCACUCUACUCCACAUUCCCGUAACCCAUCUAUCUCACAGUCUGUGCAGCAGCUUCAGAAUCCCACGCCGGAGGAGAAGCCUAUCAAUCUUCCAGUCUCGAGCACCCCUCCCUUUUUUGAACACUCUCCCACAAAUGGACUACCCGCAUCGCUACCGCCCUCCAUGUUGUCACCCCUACCAACCCCAGUCAACGGCUUCGUUUCCCAAACGCCAAUGUCCGGCUACGACGACUUUUUGGGGACUGUUCGAGCAGGUAGUUCAGACAACGGCUCAAGCCCCCCGUUCCAGUUCGAUCCGUGGGGUGCCGGGUCCAUGGGUACGGAUUUUGAUGCAAUGAGGAUUGACCCGUCCAUGAGUUUGAUGUCGAUGAGCAUGGAAAUUAACAUGGGUGCUCCAGGAGACACUCUUCUCGGAAUGAUCCCCGAAAUGUCUCCUCCACAGGGUUUUGGUCCCGUCCAGACACCCAUUCAGACUCCCAGAAUGGAUAACUCAUUUUCGGACCUUGAAAUGGGCAGUUCUGCAGCAAUGUUCUAUCCGCACAGGCAAUCUUCAAUCGCUGACGCCGGAGUUCCCGAUCUUGGCGCCAUUAUCGCUGCUCAGGAUGGCUGGAAUGUCUUUCGCUGCACUCCCACUAUUCCAGCAACUUCCUGUCCUAUGACGGCCAAACUGAAUCUGGAGCAUCUGGAACGAAGCCUGAAGAACCAUGAAGGCUGGAGCGUUUGGAGACCUUCCUGGGACGAGGCCGACUUCCAGUUAGGAGAGCACGUCACCGUUGCAGGCCUGCACGAAGCUACCCGUGACAAGCUCCUAGCAAUUACGCAGAGCUUUCUGCACAAGGCUUUGGACAUCCAUCGAGAGGGUAUGAGUAGCAGUCCUAGCAACAGCGGGGAAUCCCCAGGCUCCACUGCAUCCAACUUCAUCCUGCUCCCGCCAGCUCAUGUCUUGGAAUACUUCCUUCGCUCUUAUGCUAACUCUUUCGAACGGUAUUAUCCCACAUCGCCUUGCGGUGUGCUAGAUGCCAAUGAGCUAAUGCGUAAUUGCAACGAUAAGGCGUCCAGCUUGUUGAUUCUCAUGCAGAUUGCUCAGGGUGCCAUGGUAAUCCCAUCAAUCGAGGCCCGAUGGUUGACCGGAGGUUUGACCGAAGCAUGCCGUAUCUCGCUUUUCGACUGUAUCGAGAAGAACAUCAUCCUGGCUGGUGAUCCCAUUGUUUUACGCGCUGCGCUACUUUUCACAGUGCAAGCAGCGUGGAGCGGCGACAAGUGGCAGAUGGACAUCUCCAUGGGACAGCGCGGUAUGUAUUUCGCAAUGCUACGGCAUUCAGGGAUCCUCGAACCUCGGCAUGUGUUGAAUCCGCACAUGAAUGGGAACGCUACGACUGAGACUUUGUGGAGAGAGUGGAUUCAGCAAGAAAGCCGAAGCCGCCUCAUUUACUCGUGGGUAAUGGUCGAUCAAGACCUGUCUCUGUUCCAUGACACGGCUCCCCUGUUCUCGGUGACUGAAUUUGGAGCGCCUAUGCCAGACGCAGAUCGCCUCUGGGAAGCAAAGACGGCUACUGGGUGGUCUGAGCACUACAACCAGAUCCAUGAAUUCUCCCAAUCACAUUUUUCAGUGGGAUCUGGUGUAAGGCCAAUGAGUCUGAGAGAUCUCUUCCGUCAUUUCCUUGAUGAUGAGAUUAUUACUCAGAAUAUGCCACUUACCCCAAUGCACUUGCGUCUGUUGCUCCACCCCCUACAAACCAUGGUAUGUCAGUACAGCCAACUCCUAAGCUGUUUUUCCGAUAGCACACCAUCGAGACAGAGAGCUAGAGUUGUCACGGAAGCAUCGACUCGUGUGCGUCUUGAAGAAGUGCAGGCGUUGUUGUCGCGCUGGUACCUUUUGUUCGAGCGAUACACCAAGUCCACUGCCAAUCCCAUGUGCCCAAUGAUGCAGUCCAAUCUUGUUAUGUGGCACCUCAUCAGUUUGAACGCUGUGACGAACUUCUCCGAGAUUGAGCGCUUUGCUCGACGGGAGGGCGUCGACGGUUCGUUCCAACAGAUGAAUUGGUUCCACAAGAGAUGCAUCUCAGAUGUCCACGAGGCAGUAUACCAUGCCGGCCAGGUCCUCCGGAUUGUCAAGGGCAUGCCAAGGGGAGUCCGUCCGCCAUGGUGGCCUGGCUCAAUUUACCGCGCCGCCAUGGUUCUUUGGAUGGAUUCGACUUUCAACGAGGCGACAACUCCGAGUCCACAGCAGUUCCAGCCUUCGCGGUUUGACGUCGCAGUAGACAGCCUGCCAGCUGAGCAUCCGGCCAUUGUAAGGUACUCUGCCAGAAGAGAGGGUAUCCCGGUAUUGACCAAACGGGACGGCUCGGUGGUCCAUCUUAACCACGGCUUCCACGUCCUUACACAUUGUAUCGAUGUGAUCGACGAGGGUGUUGCGACAAGGUUUUCGGACGGUAUCCGAGGCAAGCUUGAGCGGUUGGCGAGGGGAUGAUGAUCUCCCUGCGAUACAAGGAUAAUCCCAUCCCGUCCAUCGCGCUCCAUUGGGAACGAUGAACCAUUGGGGCGGCCAUCAUCCAUCCAUCCAACUUGGGUCGUAUUUCAUCUCUUUUCAUUUAUACCCAUCUGAAUCCACAUCGAGGGAGUGUGUCGCCUUGGACACCUGGAUUCCUUCAUUACUUACGGCCUCUGCAAUGGGUGGAGGGCUCAUAGACUCGGCGUUGAUUUCGGCGUGCGUUAUUUGUCGACUAAGUUCGGCCGUAAUUCUGA